AUAAUUUCAGCUCUCAGCCCAAAAGUCAGUGCAUUGGUUUCAGUAGGCCGUUUUUUCACCAGAAAAGAUAGUGAGAAGAAACGCACACACAGCAAGGGGAAGAAGAUGGGAUGGAUCGGGGAUCAAAUCGACUCCAUCAAAUCCUUACAAUUCAGACAAGUCCUUGCCCAAGCCGUCAGCCUCGGAAUGAUUGUUACCUCGGCUUUGAUUAUAUGGAAAGGAUUGAUGUGCGUAACUGGUAGUGAGUCGCCUGUAGUUGUCGUGCUCUCUGGAAGCAUGGAGCCUGGGUUCAAAAGGGGUGACAUUUUAUUCUUGCAUAUGAGCAACGACCCCAUUCGUGCAGGAGAAAUUGUUGUAUUCAAUGUGGACGGACGUGAAAUUCCCAUAGUACAUCGAGUAAUUAAGGUUCAUGAGCACCAAGAUACUGGAGAAGUUGAUGUCCUCACCAAAGGAGAUAAUAACUUUGGGGAUGACAGACUUCUUUAUGCUCACGGUCAGCUUUGGCUGCAUAGACAUCACAUAAUGGGAAGAGCUGUUGGGUUCUUGCCUUAUGUAGGUUGGGUGACUAUAAUUAUGACUGAGAAGCCUAUCAUCAAGUACAUAUUGAUAGGUGCACUGGGAUUGCUCGUUAUUACUUCGAAGGAGUAGGGAAUCAACUUAUGCCUCGAAAACCUUGUCAGGAAGGGGCAGAUCUGGCUUUUGCUUUUUCCUUCAAUACUUUGUAGAACAGUACCAUGCAGAAAUCAUUUGAACGUAUUAAUCAUCAGGAUGAUGCUUCUACCUCACAUGCAUGUUCUUUUGUGUGUGCUUGUACUUUAGUACGGCUAACUUUGCUUCUGUGCUUGCAUCUAUCUCAUUCCUGCGUGUGCUGGGUGCAAAACGCAAAAACCGUGCGGACAGAUUGUCCAAGUCUUGUUGAGUGGCGUGAUUGUUUUGU